AACUAUAUUUGGAAUUAGAUCUACUUAGCAUGGAAAAUACAAGCAAGCUUUUGGCGCUGCCAAAAUUGCGAAAACUCCGAUUUGAUGAAUUUGAAGAUGUAGAAGUCUUACUCGAGGACAUUGUGAAAGCCCGAGGACAGGAUAUUGUUGGACUUACGUGCAACGAGAACUUUUGGCUUUGGGUAUCCCAUUGCAGAUUUCAAAAUGUGAGAAAACUGACCAUCAUAAAUGAAGGAGUAGUGGAGGGAAUGUGGUGCGCAGAAAGCUUUAAUGACACUCUCGGAGAUUUUCCUCAGUUAACAGAAUUGUAUUUGAUAGACAUCAGCGUUUGGGCUGGGGAUUCAUUUUGGGAGAUGAUACGUUCCUGUCCACAGCUACAACUCAUAUAUUUACAGAAUCACGAGAUAACCGAUGGAUUUCUGGAAUUCAAUGCAUCGUCUAUGGGCAAAGCUUUAUGCCACCGACAAGAGCCUUUAACGAUACAUUUUUCGAGUCUUGAAAAUAAUCAUAAAAAUUUGUAUAUUCCUCAGAUUGUUCAGGUUCUAAAUCAUCCUAAAGUGAAGCUUUCCUUUGAAGUCAUUAAGGAUGCUUAUCCCAUUUUGGUCGGCGGACUUAUAGAAUUGGAAUUUACCCCUUUAAUGACGUAAAAUCUGUCCAACCACUAAGCACGAUGCAAUUUAGAACGGCGAAAGCUAUAAAAACAUUCGUACAUUUCAUAUAUAUUUUUUUAUUAAGUAUACCAAUUUGAUGUUUUACGAUAAAAAAUAAUAUUCUUCAAUGCAAUAUUCUUCAAGUCAUAAUUGUUUUUAUGCAGGUGUUAAGUCC